AUGGUAUCCGCAAAAGCUCCCGUGCCUUUUGGCCGCGAGAUGCGUAAACAAUUCCUCAUGGAUGACAACUAUGUAAAUUUGAAUCACGGCUCAUUUGGCACAUUUCCUGCUGCCAUCCGCAACGUUGCGCGCCAAUAUCAAGACGAGCAGGAGAGCCGGCCAGAUCCAUUCAUCAGAUAUGCCUGGCCGAAACGACUUGAUGAGUGCCGGGCCGCCAUGGCCCAAUAUCUAAAUGUGCCUGUAGAAACAGUCGUCUUUGUGCCGAAUGCAACCACUGGCGUCAACACCGUGCUGCGCAGCUUGGUGUUCCAGCCCGGCGACAAGAUUGCCUACUUCUCCACCAUUUACGGCGCGUGCGAGAAGACAGUGCAGUACAUUACUGAGACCACGCCCGCUGAGGCGGUCAAGAUCCAAUACACGUAUCCCGUCAGUGACGACGAGUUGGUCGCGAAGCUGCGCGACGCCAUCAAGCAGGAGAAAGAAGCAGGGAAUCGUAUCAAGGUCGCCAUUUUCGACACCAUUGUCAGCUUGCCGGGCGUGCGCAUGCCGUUUGAACGGCUCACCGAUGUGUGUCGAGAGAAUGGCGUCCUCAGUCUGAUUGACGGCGCGCAUUGCGUUGGUCAGAUUCCCAUCGACCUGGGUGCUCUCCAGCCAGAUUUUUUUGUCAGCAACUGCCACAAAUGGCUCUACGUCCCCCGCGGCUGCGCCGUCUUCUAUGUGCCCGUCGCAAACCAGCCUCUUAUCCGAAGCACGCUUCCCACCUCUCACGGCUUCACGGCAUUACCCCGCGCCGGCACCACGCCCGUCAACAAUCCUCUCCCGCCGAGCAGCAAAUCCGCAUACGUCACGGCGUUUGAAUUCGUCGGCACCAUCGACUCGACCAACUGGCUCACUGUCCCCGCGGCACUCGAGUUUCGGGACUCCACGUGCGGCGGCGAAACGGCCAUUAUGCAAUACUGCAUCGAUCUUGCUCGCGAGGGAGGUAACCUCGUCGCCAGAUGUCUGCAUCGCAUCAGCGACGACGUGGAUAUCGAGAAACUCGGCCUCGUCAUGGAAAAUCCAGAGAAGACGCUCCGUCGAUGCGCCUUUGCUAAUGUUAGAUUGCCGCUGGAGGUUGGCGGGCCCAGUAGCGGAGCCAAAACCCAAGACGCAAAAGACGCAAAAGAAGAAGAAGAAGAAGAAGACCUAGGCGUCAAGAACCUAACGCUCAAAAGCACGAGCGGCGACGGCCACAGAGUCCGCGCAGAAAACGUCCCCCUCGUGACAAACUACAUCGCGUCGCGCACGGUCGAGGACCACGAUACCUUUGUGGCCAUCAUCUUCUACGGCGGCGCGUGGUGGGCGCGGCUCUCGGCGCAGAUUUAUCUCGACUUGGACGAUUUCCGGUUCGCUGCCAAAGUCCUUGAUGAGAUUUGUGACCGAGUGAAGAGGGGGGAGUAUUUGGAUGUGCAGAAGGCGUAGUUCUGAAGAUGGUUUUGGCUUUUUUUUU